AACUGGCAAAGCACAAAGUAACGCAAACUUGCUGGAUCCUGUGCGAUUCUUCUGGAGAUUCUAGCACCAUUCACCAUCUUUGGAACAGGCCUACUCCACCAUUUUGGACCAGGACCAAACGGGUUUCUGCAAGGGAAGUUCCCAAUGGAUCACACUCUUUGAAAUCCAUUACUUUAAAUCAGCAUAUACAGGAGAUAUUAGCAACAGGCUGAACUUUAAAUCUAUACCAUGGGAUGUUUGAGCAGAACAAUGAAGUCCAUCCACUACUUCUCCUUGUUACUGAUUGGUCUUCAACUCCAUUGUCAUUGCCUCCAAGGACACUCUGAUGAUAAGGAAAGUCAUGGAGACAGAAAUUCACCCAAAUAUCGGCCUCCCCCUUUGAAACACCAAAGGCAUGAGGCCAAUAACUGGCAUAAGAUUCUUCCAAGUAAUGCUGAUUUUGCAAUCAGAUUCUACAAGGAAAUUGCUUCCAAUACAACAGCCAAAAACAUUUUCUUCUCUCCUCUGAGCAUCUCCACAGCCUUUGCAUUGCUCAGUCUAGGAGCUAAAUCUGAAACCCUUAAUCAGAUUCACCAAGGACUUGCUUUUAACCGGUCCAAAAUUGAGGAAAAUGAGAUACAUAGAGGAUUUCACCAGCUCAUCCACAUGCUUAACCGUCCAAACAACAAAGCACAAGUGAACAUAGGGAAUGCCGUGUUCAUCAAUGAGACUUUUAAAUUUGAGCCUAAGUUUUUGGAUGAUGUCAGAGAAUUCUAUCAAUCUGAAGGCUUUUCAACUAACUUUAGGAAUUCAACAGCAGCAAUAAACCAGAUACAUGAUUAUGUACAGAAAAAAACCCAUGGAAAAAUAACCCACAUAGUUGAGAAGCUUGAGCAAGAUACCGUAAUGUUUCUUGUGAACUAUAUCUUCUUCAAAGCCUCCUGGAUAGAGCCUUUUAGCCAUUUCUUAACAAGAGAAGAAGAUUUCUUUGUAGAUGGAAACAAGACUGUAAAAGUCGACCUGAUGUACCAAGAAGGCUAUUACAAAGUUCUCCAUGAUGAAGAUAUGGCUUGCUGGGUGGUGGAAGUACCUUACAAAGGAGAUUCUGUGGCAUGGUUCAUAUUGCCAGAUGAAGGAAAACUGAAGCAUGUGGAGGGUGCUUUAGCAAAAGAAGAUGUAUCUAAAUGGCCAACAUAUUUUAGAGAUGAGUUUAUAUACCUAUAUAUUCCAAAAUUUAACAUUUCUGCAUCCUAUGAUCUGAAAGACUUGUUCCAGAGACUGGGUGUGACUGAUGUCUUUAGCAGCAAUGCUGACCUGUCUGGAAUCACCAGCGAACACCCUCUGAAUGCUUCUGAAGCGUCUCACAAAGCUGUGCUGAACCUUGAUGAGAGUGGCACUGAAGCAACAGCUAUCACUAGUAUAGUCAUGGCCGGAGAACUUAGCCUAAUAUUUCCUCCUCCUCCCAGCUUCAAAUUCAACAGGCCCUUCCUGCUAUUCAUUGUUGAAAAGAUAACAAACAGCCUACUUUUCAUAGGGAAAAUUGUGAACCCAGCUGACAAAAAUUUCUAGGUAAAUGGCCAAAUUACCGCCUUUCUAAGUAAAUGAUUUCUGCAUUUGUACAUUUACACUAGCAUUCCUUUAGCUCUAAUAGUGCAAUAAAUCCCUGGAGGAUGAAUGAGAUAGUGGCUGACAUGAUAUGUAGUGUUACAUGUUUGUAAUGCUGCGCAGCAGGGCUGCAAAAUAGUCAGUUUUUCAUUUUAGUGCUUCUGCAAGUUUCUGUAUUGUGCCCAACGAAGAAACUUGGGGAAAUGUUGGCUGUGCAUCCAUUUUGCGCAGCCCAUAUACUGCCAAGGAAGUGACACAGUGCUGGAUUUCGGCCACUGACUACAUUUAUGUAAUAAUAAUGAUUUUCAAACCUUGGGAUCUGGUAGAUUAUAGGGAUGUGCAAAUCAAUUCGAAUUGGAAUUGAUUUGAUGUGGAUCUUGGUGAUUUGAGUGAAUCAAGGGUACUCCAAGGUACUCUGUUGAGGUGCAGGGGAGGGGAUGUCGGUGGGGAGGUGGAGUGGCUGUGGUCUAUAAGAACAAUAUCUCCCUGGCCAGGAUCCCUGUCAAAGUGUCUGACCAUAUUGAAUAUGUGCACCUAAGUCUGGGGACCAGGGAUAGACUGGGACUUCUGUUGGUGUACAGAUCGCCCCACUACCCAAUGGAGUCCCUAACUGAGCUGACAGACUUGAGCUCGGGCUUGGCGUUGGAGUGGUGUUGGGGGACUUCAAUGUUCAGUUUGGAACCAAUUUGUCUGGGGCGGCUCAGGAGUUCAUAGUGGCCAUGAGAACUAUGGCCUGGUGAUUAGGGAUGUGCACGGAUCCGCAGAGCUGCAGUCCAGCACUGGGGUGGGGGUUCCUUUAAGGGUGGGGGAGGGUGUACUUACCCCUCCCGCCGCUUUUCUGCAUACACGCAGGGCAUGCUGGCGAGACCCUUGGAGCCAGGAGGCAGCUUUUUGCCUCCCCUCCGGGGGUCUCCUCAUAAGUAGCCACAGCAUAGCGCCGUGGCUACUCAUGAUCAUGAAGCCCGGGUUUGCAGAGUGCUCAGCAAACCCAGGCUUAGGGGAGGACUACACAAGUGGGCUCGCCUGUGAGCCCGGUGGUUUACACGAGCAGCAAAAAUUGAGCUAGGUUCUCCUAGCCUGAUUUUCGCUGCUCGUGAGAAUAGCCCAAAUAUCUGAAGUUUUUCACUUCCCUUUUUCUGAAAGAGUGCAAGAGUUGUUCAUUUCUCUGCAUCGUUCCUUAUCUUAAAUCAUGACUUUUGUUAUGAGCUAAUUUUCUGAAACUUGGUGGAAUCGUUUUUUAAGCUUUUCCAGGUGAUUCCUAAAAUGAAAGUUGUCUAUUGUUGUA